GCUAUGCAGGCAGCUGUUCACAUCAAACGUUUACAUUCCAAACUGAAGUUUCGCCGCAUUGACUUUCAAUACCAGUAUUCGCUGAUCCGUGCCUUUUAAUGACGGUGAAUUCCGUUACUCUUGUUUAUUCUCUAAGUAAAAAGUUACGUUUUGAUAUUUUAAUAAAUAUUCUUGUAAUUACAUUGCAUCUGAUGGAACUGUUUUCAGUUAUAAAUGGUGAAUUUAUUCCGAUGAUGUAUUUAUGAGCUUCCUAUCGUGUUAUUAUACAAUUUGUAAUACUAGUUUAUAUUAUAGCACAUCUACCACAGGUCUCAUAGUUGAGUACUUGAAACACUUCUGGUGGAACGUGGAGAAAGUGGAUCGAUAAAGAAAAGGAAGAAAAUCGCAAUGCUAAAGACUUGGAUAGUAGGAGUUCCACACCAGUAACUAUGGCUGACUACCUAAUUCAAGGACUGGCUCUACUGAUGUUCCUCCCAGGUCUGCUAGGCCUGGAGCUGACCGAACUGACUGUGCCAUCACAUGCCAAUCUCGGUCAUUCCAUUACCCUCUAUUGCUGGUUUAACCUGGAUGCUAACAAACUCUACUCCGUCAAGUGGUACAAGGACGAGUUCGAGUUCUUCCGGUUUAUGCCCGCCAACAAGCCCGAGAUGCAGGUCUUUCCGCUCGCUGGCAUAAUGCUAGAUGAAUCACAAUCGGACAUGAACAAGGUGAGCUUGGCAGAGCUGAACUUCAACAGCAGUGGGAACUACCGCUGCGAAGUGUCUACUGAAGCUCCUAACUUUGAAACUAGAUUCAAAAGCAGCAAUAUGACUGUACUCGCUUAUCCAGAUCGCAGUCCUGUGAUCUCAGGUACUCAAGCACAUUACCUGCCUGGAGACUACAUUACAGCCAAUUGCACUUCUGGUCAAAGCAAUCCUCCAGCCGAGCUCGAGUGGCUGAUCAAUGGAGCCAAGGCUGACACUUGGUUCCUGGAGAAGUCGGAACCUUUGGAGACGUCCUCCCGGGGACCGUUGUUUACCCACUCUCUGGGCCUCAGAUUUCAGGCCCACAAACGAUACUUCCAGAGCGUUGACUCAACAGUACACCUACGCUGCACAGCCAGGGUGGCCGACCUACAGCCUCAGCAUGUCGACUUCUACCCCCACCUCAGUACUCACCUCACAAACGAGAAACUGGCGCAAGAAAUACACGCUAGUCAAGGCACUGCCCUACACACACAGGGAGCUGUGCAACUCCUGAUGAUGCUCCUCUCACACAGUUUGCUCAAUAUGUUAUGACACGAACAAUGACUCUCAUGCUAUCUUGUAUUAUUGUUACAGGCACUGCCCUACACACACAGGGAGCUGUGCAACUCCUGAUGAUGCUCCUCUCACACAGUUUGCUCAAUAUGUUAUGACACGAACAAUGACUCUCAUGCUCUCUUGUAUUUACUCCAUUUGUAAUCAUCUACGUGUGAUAUCAUGGCUGUUUUAUGUAUAGUGUUUGUAGCAUUGUUAUUUGAUUAAUAAAUAUAUUAUUAUCGACCUACAA